CCGCCAGAGACCUCAAGGUAGCAGUGCAGUGGAGACAAUUGUGGAGCUCUAUCGUUGCAUCCGUCAGAUACUCGAGCAACGCACCGAAACAGGCGUCAUCUUUGUAGAAGAUUCACAAGAAGCAACCAGCAGCAAAACAAUGAAUUUCCGUGGCAAGAGCGCAGUGGUCACUGGAGGAGCUGGUGGCAUUGGUCUCCAGGUGGCCAGGCAGCUAUUGGCCGCAGGCAUUGGAAAAAUUGCCAUCAUAGAUCUGCAGGAUAAUCUGGAGGAGUUUGUCAAGCUGCGUGGUGCGCAUCCCACGCAGAGUGUAAUGAUCAUCAAAAUGGAUGUGGCUAAUAAAAAGGGUGUGGAGGCCACCUACGAGGAGAUUAAGAAGACCUUUGGCAACAUUGACAUUGUGGUGAAUGUGGCGGGCAUCUUCAACGAUCGCGAUGUGCAGCGCACUUUGCUUGUGAAUUUGGGUGGAAUUAUCAACUCCAGCUUGAGUGCCUUGCAGUAUAUGAGCAAGGAGAACGGUGGCAAUGGUGGUUUGGUGGUCAACAUGAGCUCCGUUGUGGGUUUGGAUCCCAUGUUCAUUAUUCCCGUUUAUGGCGCCACCAAGGCUGGCAUCAUCAACUUUACACGUUGUCUGGGCAAUGAAAAGUUCUAUCAGCGUUCGGGCAUCAAGUUUGCCACUGUUUGUCCCGGCGCCACCAUGACGGACAUGUUUACCAACUUCACGGAGAAAAUCAUCUUCCCGGAGACGAGCGACGAGACAUACAAGAUUCUGGAUCGCCUUAACAAACAAAGCGCCACCGAUGUUGCCCGUUGCAUUAUGAAUGUGCUGGAGAAGGAGAAGAACGGUGCGGUUUAUGUCAUCGAGGGAAAACGCAUUGUGCCCAUCGAUAUGAAGCCACAUUGGACGGGCAAGGAGCCGGCACUCUGAACCAACACUCAACUAACUAACAAAAAUUAUGGGCAG